GAGCGCCGACCACGCUCGCUUCCGGCCUUUGUGGGGCGCUGUCGGCGGUUUAGGCUCCGGACCGCCUGGACGCUGCGGCCUUUCGUACCCCGGGCGGGACCCGUGUGCUGGCCUCCCCGGGCCGCGGGGGAGCGAGCGUGCGGCCCUGUCCCGCCUCGGAGGGCCGUGGGACGCGGCGUGACCUGCCGCGGGGGAAGGAGCGGAGGCAGCGCCCGAGGGGCUGGAGUCCUGCGGCGGCUGCGUUGCUGACCGCAGGGUUUCCGCCGGACGUGCGGCCGUUACAGGAGAAAGGCGACCGAUCGAGGAUGUCUCCACGUUUUAUGAUUAUUCAUUAGCUCUAAAUGUUGGAUGUACUCCCUUUGAAUGCCCUUUAUUCUAGGACUCAAUGCAGGUGCUUCCUGCGAGGCCCUGCUGUUCGUUUGUAAAAUCCUCAGGCCGCUUCACACCUUUUACUUAAUCUUUCUCUUUAGAUUAGUCUUUUGUAAUCGGAGUAUUUCCUUGAGUAUCGUAAAUUAACCUGGAGGUGGCUUGCAAAGCACAGAAGUAAAUUUUUAGAAUUCUCACUUUUUGCUUAUGGAUGUAGCUUGUGUUGAAAGUGACGGCUUCUCCCUCAGGUCCACCCAGGGAGAACUUAACAGGGAAUCUUCCUUGAAGCACUGAUAAAGCUUUUGCACAGCUAUGAUGGCAUCUCCUUGGGCUCUCCAGGCCCACGAGGACCAGGAUGAGCUUUUGGAAGUAAAGAUCGAGGAAGAGGAGAAGGAGGAGUAUAAGGACACCACCAGGCAGGAUCAGAGCCUGCAGAAGAACAACACCCACAGCAGGGAGGUCUUCCGACAGUACUUCCGGCAGUUCUGCUACCAGGAGACAUCUGGACCCCGCGAGGCGCUGAGCCGGCUCCGGGAGCUGUGCCGGCGUUGGCUGCAGCCCGAGACCCACAGCAAGGAGCAGAUCGUGGAGCUGCUGGUGCUGGAGCAGUUCCUGACCAUCCUGCCCGAGGAGUUGCAGGCCUGGGUGCGGGAGCAGCAGCCGGAGAGCGGGGAGGAGGUGGUGACUGUGCUGGAGGAUUUAGAGAAAGAGCUGGAUGAGCCUGGAGAACAGGUCUCAGUCCACACUGAGGAACAGGACCAGCCCUUGCAGGAGACGGCCCCUAUGGGAACAGAACAGGAGCCCAGCAUGUCCCUCCCCCCUCUGAUGGCGCAGCUCAAGUGUGAGUCUCCGGAACCUGAAGCCCAGCUGGGGGAGCGAGUUUCAGGUGUUGAGACUGGAAAUGAAUACAGGAAUUUAAAGCAGGAAGUUUCUGAAGAAAUGGAACCAGAUGGGAAUGUGUCUCGAUUUGAAAGCCAAGUGUCCUGGCCUGCUCGGUGCAGAAAAGCUGAUGAAUCUGAAGCAAACACAGAACAGUCUUCUGGGCGCUCCAGGGAAGGUGAACGGUCUACGGGUGAGGAAAACAGAGUCAGUCUGACUGAACAGCAGAGGGUCUGUCUGGGAGAAAAACCUCACGAGUGCGAGGAGUGUGGGAAAGCCUUUAGUCAGCACUCGCGCCUCGUGGAACAUCAGAGAGUCCACGCUGGAGACAGGCCCUACAAAUGUGAGGAAUGUGGGAAAACUUUCCGUGGGAGAACUGUGCUUAUUCGGCACAAAAUAAUACACACUGGAGAGAAGCCAUAUAAAUGUAACGAGUGUGGCAAAGCCUUUGGCCGGUGGUCAGCUCUGAACCAACAUCAGAGACUUCACACAGGAGAGAAGCACUACCACUGUAAUGAGUGCGGCAAAGCCUUUAGCCAGAAAGCAGGCCUCUUCCACCAUCUCAAGAUCCACACACGAGACAAGCCGUACCACUGUACUCAGUGUAAUAAAAGUUUUAGUCGGCGCUCGAUACUUACUCAGCAUCAAGGCGUUCACACUGGGGCGAAGCCCUAUGAGUGCAGCGAGUGUGGAAAAGCCUUUGUUUAUAACUCAUCCCUUGUUUCCCACCAGGAGAUCCACCACAAAGAAAAGUGCCAUCAGUGUAAAGAAUGUGGGAAAUCCUUCAGUCAGAGUGGCCUUGUUCAGCAUCAGAGGAUCCAUACUGGGGAGAAACCUUACAAGUGUGAUGUAUGUGGAAAGGCCUUUAUUCAGAGGACGAGUCUUACAGAACAUCAGCGAAUUCACACUGGGGAGAGACCGUAUAAAUGUGAUAAGUGCGGGAAGGCUUUCACUCAAAGAUCAGUCCUCACGGAACAUCAGAGAAUCCACACUGGAGAGAGGCCUUACAAGUGCGAUGAGUGUGGGAAUGCCUUCCGAGGAAUCACCAGCCUCAUUCAGCAUCAGAGAAUCCACACUGGGGAGAAACCCUACCAAUGUGAUGAAUGUGGCAAAGCCUUCAGACAGAGGUCAGAUCUUAGUAAACACCAGAGAAUCCAUACUAGAGGUGGUCCCUGUGAAUGUAAAGAGUGUGGGGAAUCGUUCAGGCAGACCUCAGCUCUUACUCAACAUCAGACUGUCCACAGAGGAGAAAAACCUGUUUCUGUGUGAUGACUACAGGGAACUUGUGUCACAGAAUGCAGGCUGCAGAGAAAUCCUAGCUUUGAAAUCAUUUAGGGCAAAACGCCAGGCACUGUUGCUAUGAGGAAACCUCAGAUAUUUUAUAAAGAAUUCCCUGUGUGCUGCCUGUUCUCUCAGGUGCUGUGGAGAUCAAGAAGCAGAACACCAAAGUCCUCUUCUCCAAAGUUUACAGUCUAGUUUGGGAUAGCUAAGAUCCACGUGUGAGGUUAGGUAAGACUGCAGCAGGACGGGAGGACUGAUGAUGCGAGUCCUGUGUCUUGGAAGUGGCAUGUGGCGCACAGUAAGUGCUGUCCAUCCGGGAGGAUGGACCACCGGUGCCUCAGGGGGUCAGGAAAGCUCUUAGUGACCAUAAGGGUUGGAUGGGCAGAAUUGGAAGGCAAAAUGGAAACCAUUUAGGGUGAAGGAAAUGCAGGCAGAGGCAAGAAUGCUCGUGGUUUGGAAGCAUCCAAGCCAGCCUGAGGUGGAGAGUCUGUUCGGUUGGGCAGUUCGGAGUCCGUUCUCUGAGGUGGAAUCCGUUCGGAUGGGAAUACACUGGCAGCAGAGCUUAGGGACGGACUGUGGGAGGGCGAGAGUGCCUCUUAGAAAACGCUUUUCUGACUUCAUUCUUGAAAUAGCUCUGUAACUUGAAAUUACCGUCCAUUGUAAAGGUGAGGACGCUGUUGCACAUGGAGAUGGUAACAUAGCUACAGUGUCACACAAGGGAAGGACCAGGUACCGAAGUGUAGGUCUCCGCCUUCAAGUCCUGUCUGUUGUAGGGAUUCCUCCACGUCGCUGAACAUCAGAGUCGCGUGUGGAGCUCGUUUAAAAUGCCCACGUCCCACUCACAGACAUUCUGCUUCAUUAAGUCUGGGGUGGGGGCCGAGAAUCUUCAUUUUUGUCGCCGGUCGCCUGAUUCUGCAACUCGAGAAACACUACCUUGAAUCCCAGCUGCCUUCAUGGUUGCCUGUGGAGUGCGGAUGCAUGAACCCGUCCUGUGAUCAGGGACCGCUGCUGGUUUAUAGCGUAAGGGAAGCCCGACAGAGGACAGGUGCCACCAGUACUUUAGAGUGAACAGGGAACCUGACCACUGUCCACCUGCAAGGGCUUGAGGAUGGCCUUUCCACCUCUUCAAAUUUAAGGGUGUCAAAAUAGGAGACUGACCUACAUUUGAAGGCUCCCAGGGUCAUCUGAGCACGAGGCUGUGUGUCCAGUUAGGGGAGGGUGCUCGUGUUCUCUGUUUGGCUCAUAACCUCUUUUUCCCCAAUUACAUAGUUUGCACGUUCUGAAUUCCCUAAUAACUCCUCUUCAGAACUGGUUUACAAUUUUUUGGUUUGUAUACCUUCUUGAGCACAUAAAAGAGCCAAAGAUUAGUGACUCUGUCCCUUGGGACUUGUGGAAACACAGAUGAACCAGUAACUGGUUGACUUUACUCCUGUUUUACUGAGUAACCAGUUCGGUCCUGGAUGAAGGCCUGUGAUGAUGAUUGCGGAUAAGUUGGCAGCCACAGAGAGGCACACGUGGCUCCUGGUCUGUUUAUCUUUCUAUUCUCAGAGACUAUUUUUAACCUUCACUGAGCUGUCCUCUGAUUUCCUUCCCUUGCUACCUUGCCAGGGUAGACUCUACAAUUUCUGGGACUACCUCCCCACCCCGCCUCAUCCCAUACAAUUCCAGCAUCCUCUCUACCCCUCGCUUCUAGCCGGUUAGUGGGUUUGAAGUGGUGAGACAGAAAGGGGAGGGGAGAAACAGGUGUAAUUACCGUUCUUUACUCCUAACUGCCAUUGUAUCCAGCCCUGUGUCUGUAUCCCAUCUCUUUCCUGCUCCUAUAAUGUACUCUGCCCCGUCUCUUGCUCCUCUACUGUAGCCCUGUCCAGAACAUAAGAGUAUCAUCACUGGUUUGGAACCAGAAGAGUCCCUGGAGAAAGAGCUAUGUAGCUUCUAAGCUGUAAGUGUGAGCACAUUUUCCCAUAAAAAUAAUAAUGGUAUUAGUACUAUAAUUUAGGCAUAUUAUGACAUAAUGUGUCAGAUUUGCUUUUGGGAUUGGAAUUCACGUGAUCAUGGGAAAACAUCCUGAGUUCACAACAGAGGAAAGCAAACGAACAUCUGAGAAACAACUCAAUCACACAUUGAGGACUCUAUUAGUUGUUUAUUCUAAGACCAACAUGGGAGCUACGUACAUGAGACACUGAGGCAGCAAGGGUUGGGUAAAUAAUUUUUUACAUCCAGAAAACAGUUUAUUGCCCCGAGUGAGCCUGAGAGCUCUGAGCUGUGUGUGUUCCUGUUCCCUUCCCCAGCUCACCCUGCCUUGCCUUUCUCACUCUCGCAAGCUCCUCACAGCUUAGUGAUGAGAACCCGUAUGAGCAUGUCCUCUUCACCAGCUCAUGCUAUUCGUGCUCGUCACCUGAUCUGAUUUCAGACAUGGUAUCCAAACAAGUACUCUUCAGAGUCCCUUAGCCUCUCUUGAAUCCUGCUCACUGGAACACGAUUUUUAUUUUAAACUUGCUUUCUGUUCACAGUGCUGUUACUUACAGGUUAUGCAGUUCAUCUUCCGCUUAACAUGUUCUCAACACAGACACAUUCUCCACUUGCCUCUAACGCCUUUAAUUGCCUAAUAUAAAGGAGCCAUAGACAGAGACCCAGAACAGCAGGAUAUGCUGUAUCCUAUAUAAUACACAGUUCAUAACUUGUUUAAAAAUAAAGAUGGGAGUUUUGUUCUGGUGGUUUCUUGUGCUUAAAUAUAGUUGCAGUACCAAGAAAAGGUGGGGUGUUGUGGAAUUUCCAGGUAGGCAUCAAAGUUGUCAAACUCUCCAGGAUAAGGAGAAAAUAGAGUAUGAUAACUGGAGCUAAGCUGGCAACACAGAAGUAGAAGGCACUGCGGGGCAAGUGGGGGACAUGAUAGGUUAGAUACGAAAUUGGGGAGUGCGGCAAACAGAAUGAUGAAGGGAUGAAGUCCAGAGUGCAUCUUUAUGGAUGAAAGGUAGAUGUGGCCUAACAGGGACAGGAUCUAGGAAAUCAGGAUCUUUUGAAGCAGCUUACCCUUGUGGAUUUUGAAACCAUCAACAAUAACAGGCAGUAGGAUGGAAAGGAAAAAUGUGAAAUUGAAGCAAGUCCAAGGUAGAAAUAACGUCAGUCAAGAGUCGUAACAUGACAGCCAGGUUGAGGAACUGAUGUUAACACUCAAAUCACGAAGCGGUGGCUUAGAAAUAAAGUUAAGGAUGAUAGUGAGAUUGGCUUCUCUUUUCUAAUUGAUUCAAGAUAAACAAGAUACUGAGUGUUUUACGACAAAAAGCUCCUGGAGAGGUUGGGGGAGAAUCAAAUUCCUAAAGCAAUAAAAAGUGAAGGGGGCUUGAAUAAAGAGUAACCUGACAAACAGAGGUUGCAGGGGAUGUAAUAGAAAGGGACCGCAAAGGGAAGGAAGCUGCCCCCCCCUUCCAAAAAAACCCCAGUUGUAUGAAGAGGUUGCUGGAAUUUUAGGUGUGAGGUGGAAGCUGAGGAAACAGUGGGAUUGAGCAGGGCUCUGCACUGAGAAAUGUCAGUUGUGGGGUAAGGCCAGCAGUGGAGAGCGGGUCCGCGCUCCCGUACUCUGAACAGAAGUAGCCUCUUGUUAUGUCCCAUAGAUGAUUCAUUAUAGAGUUCUUACAGUCAAAACAGAGCCCUUAUUGGCUGUCUUUGGGAGUCGAGAACAGGAUAUGUCUUACUAAAAUGUCUUAAGGGCUUGGCAUUACUAAGCGCUUUAUUUUAUUUUUAGCUGGAGAAACAAAUCAGUUUUGAAUUGAAGCUGCCUGAGGUCACAAAGUUAGUAUGUAGUGGAGCCAAGCUUUGAACCCAGGCAGCCCAAAUCUAGAGCCCACGCUCACUGUUUAUUUCAAUUGAAGGAACCCUGUGUUGCAGUAGUAAUCAAUGUCUUGAGUAAUUAUCUGUGGAAACUUUUCUACUCCUGUCAUUCUCAAAGAUACUGCGGAAAUCCGAAGUCCUAGGUCCAAGCACCCAAGGUAUUAAUAUCACCACCCUCUCUCUGCACACCAAAUCCUGGAUCAGGUUUGGCCGGUGUAACAUGAACUUAAUGCUUGUUGCCUACUUUAAAGAGGGUGUCCACAGGAGACAUUCCACUAAAAAUGGGCUCUUUAUAGGAAAGUAUCACCCUCUGUUAGGACAGAAUAUGGGAUUUUUGUCAGUCUUCAUUAAUACAGAUCGUAAAGAUGUAGAUGGUCCGUUAUGGAUCUAUCCAAUAACGCAUAUGGAUCUAUUCUUGAUGAGGGUUUAUAUUGGUAGCUAACACCACUUCUAGGAUUAAAAGAAACGGAUAACUAUAUAAAAAUAGUUCUUUCAGGUACCUCUCCUGAUUCCAUAAGCCCAAAAUUUAUUUGAGCAACAAGCUGCCCUAUUCAACUUAGGGAUAAUCAUUUGAUAACCUUGAAUUAGAUAUUCUCAACUUUCAUCCUUUCACAUUAAAUGAAAAGUUCUCAGAUCACAGUCCCUCUAGCAGUUCGUUUGAUUGGAAUUUCUUUGGAUCCUCUCUCACGCCAAAUGUUUUUGGGUGUAAUUGGUAAGGAGUCCUUGCACAUUUUUAUACACGUAUAGUAUUUUUUAUAUAUAUAAAGUAUAUAUGUAUGAAUAUAUUUUAUAAAACUAUGUGUUGUACAUAGGUUUUAUUUUAUACAUGUAAUUUGAUUUUGACAAAGCCAACCGCGAUGAGUGAACUCAGUUGAGUGGCUCCUGGGCUCGCAUUGUAAGACCGUCAUUAAGAGCCAGAGGUUUUCCCUGAUUUCAUGGAAACCACUGACUUCACCCACAUUUCCAGGUCUGAAAGCCCAUCGGUCAGGGCUCCCAGAGCUGUGCCCCAGCACAGCUGAAGGUGAUCUUCCGGGGCCGCAUGUUGUUCACGGUCCCCGUAGCGCACGUGGCCUGCUCCUGGGUGUCCCGAGGAGGGCCUCUAAGGGGACGUCAUUUGUCACCUGUGAUUUAUGGUUAGAUCCUGACUGACUCUCUUCAGGCUUGAGAGCGUAUUUUACUUAAUGAUCUGGUGCCUCAGUUGUGCCUGCUUCAGUGAUGAUGGUCUCGUCAUUUCAUACCUGCCAAAUAACGUGACAGUUUCUGUAGGCAGGCCGAAUUCUGGCAUGUGACUGGCUAUGUGUCUCAGCUUCCCCGCAGGGAAAACGGCGACAGUAGCGGCCAGAUUGGGCGUCGGGGCGGGGGGUGGCUGGGUUAUACAUACAGGGCUCGCCGGUGAGGUGCUCGUAGCCUCCGUGGGCGCCGCCGCCGGGGCCCGCUGGUGCUCUCCUCCCUCGGAGACAGACCUCGGCCCCCGCCGUGGCUGCGCCGCUGCUCCUCAGCGCGGAGAGCGCAGCCCUCGUUCGCGCGCCUUGUUCUGGGAGCGUGGGCCCCACGCACGUGCGGCCGCCGCCGGGAGGCUCUGCGCGGCGGGGACGCAGCCAGGCAACCACCGAGGGGACAGAGCCUCCAGAUUCCUAGAGGAGACCGGCCGGCUCCGCGGCGGGGCUGCCGCCGGCCCGGAAGCACGAGCGCCGCGAGCCCGGGCGCGCACCUGUGCGGGGGCGGGGCGCAGCCUUUCCGGCACGCUGGGACUCCGGGAGGUCAGGGGUAGGGUCUGACGAUGGAGAGUUGCGCGGGAGUCAAGGAUGGUUUCCAAGUUUUGAGUUGUAUUAGGAUUCCUGGGCUGUUGAGAGAAGGAAGGUCUGGGGUCCCGGUUUUGUAAAAGGAAAGUGGGGUUGGUGGGGGAGGUGGUCUGACUCCCGACCCUCCCUGCAGUAGAUGAGGCGACGCUGGAGUGCAAGAAAAGGCUUAGAAGCCACUUACUGGU